GGUUGCCUGUUAGGCACUCUUCAGCACGGACGCUUCGGAACGGAUCCUAUUAGACAACGGAAAUUUCACAAUGACUACGGCAACUAAAUGCAGUUCAGAUUCCGUUUUAACGGAUGGUGAUGUUCGGAACUACAUAAACGGCAACUUUGUAUCUACUGCCGACACCAUAGACGAUUUCGGUCCAGCCACCGGAACGGUUAUUGCACGUAUACCACGAUCCCAACAGGCGGACGUUGACAAUGCCGUUGCUGCGGCUAAAAGCGCGUAUCCUGAGUGGAAAGCAACGCCCGUGGCUGUGCGUGCAGAGUACCUGCACAAAAUCUGUGCUGCGAUCCAGAAAGAGGCAGCUCAUCUGGCCGAGUUGGAGACGCUUGACUGUGGUAAACCAAUCAGUUUAACAUCGCAAGUUGAGAUUCCCAGAGCGGCACUUAAUUUCAAGUUUUUUGCUGAGUUUGCUACCGGGGAUGAGACUCAGAGCCAUGAAAUGGCGGAUGCCGUGAACAUCACCCAAAGGGCGCCUGUGGGAGUAGCAGCGCUCAUCACCCCCUGGAAUCUUCCCUUGUACCUUCUCACUUGGAAAGUAGCUCCUGCCCUGCUAUGUGGUAACACGAUCGUUGCCAAACCCAGCGAGCUGACGCCUCUCACCGCCAACGCUCUGGCGCAGAUAAUCCAUUCCGUCGGACUGCCUGCAGGCGUGUUCAAUCUCGUCCACGGCUAUGGUGCGGAGUGUGGUGGCCCGCUAGUUGGACACGAGGAUGUGUCGCUUGUCUCCUUUACAGGCGGAACAGCGACCGGCAAAUUGGUAGCGGCAACAGCUGCGCCUCAAUUCAAAAAGUUAAGUCUGGAACUCGGCGGAAAGAACGCAGCCAUCAUCUUCAAGGACUGUGAGAACGACGACUGGGACAACAUGAUCGCUACUACAGUACGCAGCUCCUUCCUUAACAGCGGCCAGGUGUGCCUGUGCUGCAGCCGUAUCCUAGUAGAGGAGAGUGUAUACGACCGCUUCGUCACAGACUUUGUGAAAGGGGUCGAAGCACUGCGUAUCGGUAGGCCUCUGGAUAAGGAUACUACCACGGGUGCUCUGAGCUCACGCGCACAUGUGGAGAAAGUACGGAGUUACAUACAACUCGCUAAGGAAGAGGGUGGAGUAAUUCUUACAGGUGGGGUGAUUCCUGACCUGAAGGAGGAGUUUGCGGAAGGGUUCUGGUUGAAACCCACCGUUAUCGCAGGCCUAGACCCCCGCACCAGCCGAGUGGCGACAGAGGAGAUAUUCGGUCCUGUUGUGACUAUUCACACAUUCAAAGACGCAGCUGACGCGGUAGAUAUACACAACUCUGUGAAAUACGGACUCGCAGGGACAUUGUGGACAUCUAAUCUCAAGCAGGCGCAUGCUGUGAGUAGGCAGAUGCACACUGGAAUGGUCUGGGUGAACACCUGGUUGCAUAGGGAUUUACGAGUACCAUUCGGAGGCGUAAUGGCAAGUGGUGUAGGCCGAGAAGGCGGAAAGCAUUCGUUGGAAUUCUUCAGUGAACUUAAAAAUAUCUGCUUCAAAUACUAACCCCCGUUUGCAGUAAUAGGAGGUUCGAUCAAAUAAACUAGCAGGCUACAUAUCUCGAAAUAAACGACCCUCAAUCCGAUAUUUCCAAAAUCAAUAAAUCAGUGCCUGUG